UAGUCACGUUAAUAAUUUAGGCUCUCACAGGCCGGAAAUUGGGAAGCGAGGAAUUUCGUAUAGGUUAUAAACUGGAUUAACCAUUAUGAUACUCAAAAAAUCUCACGGGAUGAACGCCUUUGAUCAUUUUGGUCUGGCCGAUUCAUUCAUGAAGCUGGAGAGAACACGUGUUGAGGUUUACACUACAAGAUUGCGAUACCGUUUGAUUUGUUAUAUACUUGAAGGUGCUUGGAAACACAGGUUUCUUAGAGUGAUAUUUCUAAGAAACAAUGUAAACGGGGAAAAACUGUUUCAAGUGAGGUUUAUGUCAAUACUUAUGAUUAGUACCUAAAUAUUAUGUGAUUGCAUAUUAUCAAACAAAUCAAGGACUAAACAAAAAAUUUUCGAGAAGCUUGAGACAUAAGUAAACAUGGUUGUGACAUUAGUGCUGGUUUGUAUUGUCAUGGUUGUAGCGAUUGUUUGGAUAGUAGUAGGAAGAUCAAAGGAAAGAUCACAAAGACCGCCACCGGGCCCAAGAGGACUUCCAUUUAUAGGUCAAGGAUUUCAUCUUAAGAUUAACUCAGCGCAUCUGCAGUUUUCGAAAUGGAGCAAGGAAUAUGGGGACAUAUUUAUGUUUAAUGUCUUUGGAACCAACGUGUGUGUGCUUAGUUCUCCGGAUAAAAUUUGGAGAACUUUUCAUGAUAAACAAUUAGCAGAUCUCACUAGUGACAGACCUGCGUCAUUUAUUGGAAAAUACAUUGCUGAAUCUUAUAAAGACAUUUUAUUUCGGCGAUAUGAUGACGUUUGCAAAAAGCUAAAAACUGUAACGUUCAGGGCCAUGUAUUCAUCUGGCACCGGAAGUGACGCUUAUAUAGCAAAUCAGCAAGCUGCUAUAAACGAGUACAUCAACAACAUUACAUCAGAGAAAGGAAGUGACGUGAAUAUCAUAGAACCGAUGGAAAGGACUCUUUGUAAAUUAAUCGGUAUUAUGUUCACAGGAGAAAUUCUGGAAGACUGUGAUCCCGCCCUGAAAGCAAUUGUCAACUUUGAUCGCCAUGGCAACGAGAUGAUUACACCGUCUGUACAUUUUAUCCUAAAACUGCUUCCGGUCUUGCGUUGUUUUCCCGGUUACUAUGGUGACUUAUAUAGAAAAACUGUAAGAAGUAGAAAUAAUCUGAAAGCUGAGCUUCUAGUUAAGUUAAAGGAUGAAUUUAAAGUAAGGAGGAGGGAUUGCUUGUUGCACUCAUUAUUCAGUAUUCAAGAAGAGGAAGAAUGGUUAACUGAUGACUUUAUCCUAGGUGUUCUGAUGGAUCUUAUAAAUACAUCUACACUUACAUCACGAGGUGUGUUAUCCGGUCUUUACUUCUUACUUGUACAUUUUCAAAAUGUCCAGGAUAACAUAUAUCAAGAAAUUAAUGACGUCAUUGGCCAGGAACGACAACCGGAACCAGAAGAUUUACAAAACAUGCCGUAUACGCAUGCGUGUAUUCUAGAAAUUCUGCGUUACCAGUCACACCUUGGUUUAUCAGCCACACAUACAAAUACAACUUCUGAUAUAACAAUUGAUGACUUUGUGAUUCCAAAAGGCACCUCGAUAUAUGGAAACCAAUUUUAUGUACAUCAUGACGAAGUGUUGUGGGAAGACCCCUGGGUCUUCAAACCAGAAAGAUUUCUACAAGACAAUGGAAAUGUAAUAACUAUGGAACAUGAUUUUAGAAAUAGGUAUUUUAUGCCCUUUGGUGUAGGGAGCAGAUCUUGUAUGGGGGUGUCAACGACCUUCCAUCGGAUGUUUUUAUUUAUGACAAUCCUUCUACAAAAGCAUAAACUUCUUGCGCCAUCUUGUGGCAAAUUACCAUCCCACGAUCCAAGGGAACUUACUCCAGGAACAGUAUUACAAGCACCGCGUUUCAUGUGCAGAGUUGUCGAUCGCUAGACGAUUCAUUUUUAUGUGCCAAAGCUUUUCCAGUGCAAUCUUAUUUAUAAAAACUUCUGUAUUAUUUAUUUAUUAUUUUGUUUGUCUUUAAAUAAAGCAUUGAUUGAUUUA